CACCAUCAGAGACCUUCUUGGAGAGAUCCUGGAAAAAAACCAGAAGCCUACAAAAUUGAUUGUCUGUUGUGUACUAUAAAUACUUGUCAAGUCUCAAUUCUCACUGUUCUUAUAAGGCGCCACCGAUUUUCAAUCUCUGCGUCGAUUUUUUCUAUACUGAUUUCUCCUUGUUUUGUUCAUAAAUCAUUAUAUUUGGCAUUUCUUCAAAAUUUCCGCCGAAAACGACUCCAUUUUUUCACUUCUGUAACCUCAAUCGCCUUCUCCAUCGUCUUCCCUUAACCCCUUUUCUUAAUUUCUCAAUUAACUCUAACCCCGUUUGAUUUCACUAUUUCUCUGCCUCGGUUUCUUCGCAGAAUGGCUGCUGCAGUAUUUCACCAAUCUCUCGGGACUUUUCUUCCCCACGGACAAACUAAUAGUAAUUUGACAAAAUUGAAUUCAAAGUGUUUCAAGUUGGAAGUUGGGGUCUUCAGAAAGAAUACUCCUAGAUCCGGCAAUAUGAACAUAAGAGCAAUUCAAGCGUCUUCUUCUCAAACUUCAGUUUUUGAUCCCAUUUCAUCACCUUCAAUCAACACCACGGAUGACUCACAGAAGAAACAUAAUGAAGCGGCUUUGAUCUUGAUUCGACAUGGAGAAUCGUUGUGGAACGAGAAAAACUUAUUCACCGGGUGUGUUGAUGUGCCACUGACCAAGAAAGGUGUGGAGGAGGCAAUUGAAGCUGGCAAGAGAAUCAGCAACAUUCCUGUCGACAUGAUCUAUACAUCUUCUCUCAUUCGUGCACAGAUGACUGCCAUGCUUGCCAUGACACAACAUCGUCGUAAGAAGGUUCCAGUCAUUAUUCAUAAUGAAACCGAGCAGGCAAGGGUCUGGAGUCAAAUAUUCAGUGAAGAAACAAGAAAACAAUCCAUUCCAGUUAUAGCAUCUUGGCGACUGAAUGAAAGAAUGUAUGGGGAACUACAGGGUCUCAAUAAGCAGGAGACAGCUGAUAGAUAUGGAAAAGAACAAGUCCACGAAUGGCGUCGGAGUUAUGACAUUCCUCCUCCCAAUGGCGAGAGUUUGGAAAUGUGUGCGGAGAGAGCUGUUGCUUAUUUUAAAGAUCAAAUUGUACCCCAGCUGCAAUCUGGAAAGAAUGUAAUGAUUGCUGCACAUGGAAACUCAUUGAGGUCCAUAAUUAUGUAUCUAGACAAACUAACUUCUCAAGAGGUUAUUAGCUUGGAGCUAUCAACUGGAAUACCCAUGCUCUACAUAUUCAAAGAAGGAAACUUCAUUAGGAGAGGAAGUCCUGCAGGACCUUCCGAGGCGGGUGUUUACGCUUAUACCAGGAGAUUGGCUCUCUACAGACAGAAGUUAGAUGAGAUGUUAAAUUAAAAUAUGUUGCAAAAAUACAGGAUCUUGCCUUCCCAUUGCACUAUCAACUAUUAGUGACGUGCUUUUGUGGUAAACUAGACUGCAAGGAAAAAGGAAAAAAUUGCUGUUCUUAGAAGAAACAAGUUAGCACGAAAAAUAUUGUUUUAGUUUCUUUUCUCCUCUUCUUUUCUCCUCGAAUUGGAAGUAUACGAAUAGUUUGUGGAUUCUUCUUUGUUUGUUUGUUUUUAUUGUUCUUGUUUCGGGAUUGAAUCUUAUGCCAAAUCAUGUAAGGUGAGGUUGAGUAGCAAUCCCCAUUUUAGUGUAGGCAAGUGUUCAUUAAUAAUCCUUGAAAAGAAGUGAUGUUUCUCAA